AUGGCGUCAUUCAUGAAGAUGUUUAAAAAUAAAAAGGGCUCCAACAAAGAGAAUUUGCCCAAUAUGAAUCGUAGUACACUGGAUAAUUCUUCAACGGCGACUAACGAUUUUGUGAGACAUCGAAAUGAUGCUGGAGUAUACACUGGUGAGGCGAGACGCUCCAAAGAAAUCCACAUUCCUAAUCCAUAUUCCGUUGUUACUGCUCCGAAAACAACCAGGGGUCCUCGUUCAUGUCCCGGUGCUCCUAUGGAUGAUCGUGGUUAUCGUAAUAGUAUGAGUCACCGCGGAAAACCAUUUAAUGAUAGAUACUCCUCUAUGAAUAGCUCAUUAAGAUACGAAAAUGUCGGCAGAAAACGGAAUGAGCUGUAUCAUCAUGAAACUAUUUUGGAAUACGCAAGUGAAAGCGCUAAUUCAAGCCGAGACAGCCCUCCGGACAUUCACACCAAGAAGGAUAUAACAAGACGUUCCCAAAAUCAACGGUAUUACAGUAGUGCACUUAAUGACUCUACGGAUGACGAUGACGGCGCGAAUAUGCAGAUUCUUCAACUGGAGGCAAAACUGAAAAGAGCGAAAGAGCUCAUACGCUGUACGAGAAGAGACAUGUCAGAGCGAAUAGAAGAACUUCAGGAUGAAAUCGAUAGGAAAAGCCGCGAAUACGAUACUCUCAAGUGGCAUUAUAAGCAAGCUCGAAAAGCUAUUGAAGAUGAGCGGAAGAUUAAUGCCAGACAAACUAAAAAGCUUCAACAGGCAAUGGAAGAAGUAUCUCGGCUAAAAGCUUUGCUGACAGAGCAUUCGAAUGACAGCUCUUUUCUAAUACCAUACUGUGGUGGAUUGCCACCUAUGGGUUACGACAGUGGUGCUGGAGAAGCGCUCUGCUCGUUAGCAGAGGCUCAAACGGACAGCGUUGGUGAUCAGUUGUGUUCCCUUGGUGAUGUACGUGGAGACAAUAUAAGCGAAGGAUUGUCCUCUCAAACUGAGCAUACUUCAACGCGUGAAAGCACUGCCGAGCCAUCGCAUAAACUAGACAAUCAGGAUGACAUGCAGGAUGAAGUUCGAGUGUUUCGCACUGCUGAAUGCGACACUCCUCCUCCUGAAAGGCCCAGAGCUGCUGGCAGUCCAGUGGAGCCGCUUUCGUCGUACGCUCCGCUGCCGGACUUCACUAUCAACAAUGAACUCGUUCCUCAACGGUCUCUUUCUGACACGGAUAUUCGCUCACUAGUACUGCAAGAAGAGGAAAAAGAUGAAAUGAGGAAGGUACAACAACAGAUGAGGAAAGAUCCGCGAUCGCGUUCGAAUAGCAUUCGCAAGGAUUAUGAUUACUACGUUAGGGGUUACAACGAGAAAAUGGACGACGAUGGCUCAGUGAGUUCUUCUGAGGAUGAAACUUAUCGCAUAAUCGAGAAACAGCUGAAAAAGAGAGGAGAAGUGGUAAGAUUUCAGCCACCCCGGGUGACCGUUCAGCCGAGACAUUAUAAGAGGUUUGGUAAAAUGGAGCGUUGUGCUUUGGCAGAAUUCGAUUACCUCCAGGAUAUAUCCACCGAUGUUAGUGCACUACAAUCCAGUCCUGAAACCCAUCACAGAAUGGAAUUUGAUGGAACACUACUAAAUGGUCAUGCGGGUACAAGUACAGCGGUCAAAGAGGAGCAAAUGGAAGAUGAAGAUUGGGAUCCGGAUGAAGGAGUGAGCGAUUUCUAUCGAAACCAUCCUUGUGCGCGAAACGAGCCUUAUCCUUGCACUAGUCAAGAAGAAUUCAUUAGAGAAGAAGACUGUUUUAAUCCAGAUGAUUAUGAGGAAGUGAGCAAAACGAAUAGUCCUAAAACACCCUUUGUCCCACCUUCGAGGCGAGAUGACGCUCCACUUGCAUCAAUAUUGAAUCCGCAGCUGGAUAAUAUAGAUCCGAGACGGUUUUUCGCUGAUUAUGAACACAAUGCCGUAGUUCGAUUUUCGCGAAUAUUCGCUGCAAGUAUCAAGUCUUCAUCAAAGGCAGAGAUAUGGUGGCCGUCAAAAACGUUCCACAAAAAAGUCAAUGCAGAGAAACCUGUUAAAUCUGAAAAGAAGAAACUAGCGCUAACAUUUGCUCCAGACCCUCCGGUUGAAAUGUUGGUUCCAGAUGAAGAGGCAUUGAUGCUUUCGUCUAAAACCAAAGCGAACCCGUCUCAAGCUGGAACAUCGCGUGCUGGAGAUGUACAGUCAGAAGAUACGAUGGCUCCUUGGCGAGUAGGGCCAGCUAAAAUAUGGUACGAUCGUGCCGGAGUUCCAUCAACGGCGUCCACCUACGAUUACGGACUGGUUAAGAGGAAAAAGGAAUCUGUAAGUGAACGCCAACAAGCGCAGAAAUUAUUGCCAGCGGAACUAAUCGAAUGGGAAGAGGAAAUAAUGAUAGAGAGUGAUGAUUUUCGAGAAGAGGUUUUGGACGAAUUAAAAUACGGUGUUGAACCAGCUUGUGGUUGGGUACCGACACAGUAUACACGGACGUAUGAGCAGUACAUGUUAGCAGUUAAAAACGAUGCUUUCGACUUAAUGUUUCAACCAGUUCAGAAAGGCAUAACGCCUUCACCUAUUACCCUAGCGCCUCACGCUGAUAUCAUCACUGAGCCGAGCGCCUCUCAUUCGCUCUUCCCUCACGAUUUUGUGAGCCAACAUGAGCAUCGAUGGGAAGAUGAUGUAAUACUCGAUCCAAAACACGUGGACAGAAUUACUGAGCCAAAAGUGUUGUCAUUGGAUUACCUGGACGAUCCAUUGAUAUAUGGGAUGCCUGAUGAUCGACGAUCAGAUGAUCCUAUGGAUGCACCCACGAAUAAGCCAUUUGAUCGAAAGGAACAUCAAUUCACCAAGAAGUCGAAGAUGAUUCUUGGCCAGGUGCAGCAGAGACAAAAACAGGAGGAAGAGGAACAGAUGGAAACCUCUGUGGCUCAAAUGACAGACAAAGACCCAUUCAAUCUCAGCAACGAUGACUACUACUUACCGAAAGCGAUUAACAAAUCUGGGCCUGCUGGUAAUAGUAUGCUGAUACAACACUCAAUUCCUGCUCAAAAUAUCCACCGAACAUUCUUCCCCACAUUUCUUCUUCCUUCGAAAUUGCGGCAUUUCCACAGGCAACCUCUUUCAAAGCGAGUUAUUCGUCAGUUUAAUGGCAGAUGGGUAGACAUAAAGAAACUCACAAAAUAUAUCAAGUUGAAAGAAGAGCAACGAGAGAAACAACGAUGCGCGGAAGGCGGUGGUGACAUCUUCUUUAUGCGUGACGUAGCUGAUCUAAGUGGUAGAGAUGGAGAUUUGGUGCUAUUGGAGUACUCCGAAGAACAUCCACCAUUGUUGUGCCAACCAGGGAUGGCUUCAAAGAUCAAGAACUUUUACAAGAAGAAGCCAGGAAAAGAUGCUGAUCCUGAUUUUGAGUACGGUGACAUGGCUUACCUACAUACCGUGCCAUUCCUCGGACAAUUACAACCGGGUCAAGCAAUGCAAUCGGUUGAGAACAACUUGUUCAGAGCUCCUAUUUAUCGACAUUCACCUCAACAUAAUGAUUACCUGUUGAUCCGAAAUCGGAACGGAUGGUUUAUCCGGCCAUGUCCACCUUUGUUUCUUGUUGGUCAGGAAUGUCCUCUCUACGAGGUCCCCAGCCCGAACUCUAAAAGAGCGACCAUAUUCGUCAGGGAUUUUCUUCUGGCGUUCAUAUAUAGAUUGUUCUGGGCUAGUGAGCAUCGGCCUCGUAGGUUAAAAAUGGACGACAUCAAAGCAGCAUUUCCCCACUACGCUGAAAGUAGCGUGCGAAAACGUUUAAAACAAUGCUCGGACUUUAAGCGGCUCGGGACAGGACCAGAUCAGAACUACUGGGUGUUGCGUCCAGAAUUUCGACUUCCGAGCAAGGAAGAAGUUCUAGCUAUGGUAACACCUGAGAUGUGUUGCGCUCAGUACAGUAUGCUUGCUGCAGAGCAAAGGUUGAAAGAUGCGGGUUAUGGUGAAAAGUACUUCUUCACACCGGAGAACGAAGACGAUUCCGAUGAUCAAGUGACGAUCGAGGAUGAAAUCAAAUGUGCUCCAUGGAAUACUACACGUGCUUUCCUUUCAUCAAUGCGAGGAAAAUGUCUUUUGGAUCAAACGGGAAUUGCUGACCCCACUGGUUGUGGUCAAGGUUUCAGUUAUGUACGGGUCUCACAAAAGCCUCAAAAGGAUGAUACGCCAGCAAUGCCAAAACGUCUUGUAACGGGUACAAAUGCUGAUCUCAGGAAAUUGCCGCUUAAGGAGGCCAAAGAAAUAUGUAGAGAUUAUGGAGUGAGGGAGGAAGAGAUAAAUGCUCUUUCUCGCUGGGAAAUCAUCGACGUGAUCCGAACUUUGUCCACACAGGCGGCUAAAGCAAAAGCUGACUCGUCUGGGGACCACGGGAAUGUAUCUGGUAUGGCUCGUUUUGCCCGAGGAAACAUCCGUUUCAAUUUCGCCGAUAUGCAGGAGAAGUACAAGAAGCACUGCCAACACAUAUUUGAUCUCCAAAACCAAACGCUAGCGAAUCCUGAGGCGCUUUCUACUGACGAAGGCAGUUCUGGUGAAGAUUCUGACAAUGAAGAACUUGCAACUAGGCUUGAAACCAUGCUACAAGCAAACAAAGGGAAAAAACACAUUUCUAUGUCGGAACGGGCUCGAAUGGAAUUUGAGAACGAGGAGAAGGAACGACAAGAUCUGAAAAGAAUGGUUCAUGGAGAUGCCCCGAUGAAAACUGAAAAAGACAAGAAAGAAGCGACAGCUGAGGAGAAGAAGAAUGUGUCCAAGAUUGGAGAGGAUCUCGCUGCUUCUGCUUCUAAGAUAUCCGGUAUAACGGCGAACCAAAAAUUGAAGAUCUAUCGGACUAUGAAGAAUCCGGAUGGAACGGAAUCGACGCGUGUUGAAGUCGUAACAAGACCGCAACUUAUUGAAGCGUACACGAGGAUACGAAUGACAAAAGAUGAGAACUUUAUCGAGGUGUACGCUCAGAUGGAUGAACAAUUUAAAGAGGAACGAAGAAAGCAAAAGCGACGUUUGCAAGAUCAGCUGCGGCGGAUACGAAGGAACGAGGAGAAGGGAAAGACUGGUCACCCACAGCAGCGAGUUGUGGAGAAGAAACCUAUUCCUAUCAAACCGAAUCUGCAAAAAAUGCGCUGCUCGGCUUGUCAUGGUACUGGUCAUAUGAAAACGAACAAGAACUGUCCAUUGUACGGCAAGGAUCCUUCCAAAACGCCUGUGAAAGACGCAGGGUCUGGCACUUCGGAUGGUGACGAGGAGGCAGCAUCCUUAACAGGUGAACUUGUUGCUGUUGAAGGAACUAAGGUGAAGAUAAGUAGGAAGGUUAUCAACAGUCACGAGCAAUCUGGCAAGAAGAAAAAGCUCAAAGCCUCGAUUCCCCGACAUCUGGCCGAUGAAACGAGGAAACGAGGUGAUGAUUCGAUAUGUUCCUCUGAUGCUGGUGGAGCAUCACCUCCCAUGUUGGUUAAGCAGGAGCGCGAUGGAGAAUUUGAUAGCGACUACGAACAGUCGUCGGUUACACCAGCUCGCCCAAGGCUCAACGCUGGUGCUGGAGUGGCGUCAGCUAAGCGACGUAUUUCCACCUUACCUGAAGAAGAUUACUUGCAAGGACCUCAUAAAAGUGUGCAACGAAUUCGUGCGGAUCCUAAGGUCACCAUGGGUACAUUGUUAACUGAAAUCGUGAAUGAGCUGAAAACUAUUCCUGGAUCUGAACAUUUGAUGUUUGCUGUUAAUGCUAAAAAGGUCAAGGAUUACUACGACAUCAUCAAGAACCCAAUGGAUUUGCAAAAAAUCAAGUGUAAAAUUGCCGAUAAUAAGUAUGAACUACGACAGGAGUUCUUAUUGGAUGUUAAAAGAAUGCUCGACAAUUCACGAUUGUACAAUGGAGAUAACCACGUCAUUACGGAUGCUGCGAAAAAGAUGUUCGAGUUGGCGUCGAAGCGCUUAGUUGAAAAGGAGCAACAAUUGAUGAAGCUUGAGAAGGCUAUCAAUCCGCUUCUUGAUGAUAAUGACAGGGUUGGAUUCGGUUUUGUACUUGAGAAGAUCGUACAAGCAUGCAAAAACAUCCCAAAAUCGGUUCCGUUCCAUACAAGGGUGGAUGCGAAAAAGGUUCCAUUUUAUUACCAGAAGAUCACUAAGCCAAUGGAUCUGGGUACUAUAGAAGCGAACGUUAAGGCGCAUCGUUAUGUCACCGUAGAAGAAUUUAGGAACGACAUUCAUCAGAUAAUGAUCAACUCGGAAAUGUACAACGGUCCCGCAGAGAAGUCAUCAUAUACUGCAAAAGCUACAGAGAUAGUUGCGCUUGCUGAUAAAAUGAUAGCCGAGAAUUCAGUUCAGCUGUCCGAGUUAGAAGCGAAUAUAAACGGGUUUGAUCUUAAUAUUGGUGAGGUGGAACCUGAGAUCGAGGAUGCAAUGGCUAAUGAUGAAGAAAUGUCAGACGUCGAGGAAAGUGGCGUUCUGGUUGAUGAUCUCGCACUCAGUGGAAAUGAAAUGGAGGAUGAAGAGAUGGAUGAGUCCGCAUGGACAAGUGAAUUGCUGCAGUCUCGCAUGCACUCUUCUGGUCAGUUGAACAAUGAUCUAGCCCUGUCGGACUCGGACGACGAAGAGCGUGUUGAAGCGAUCAAAAGAGGUGACACAGCGGACAAUCUCUUGGACUCAUUCUAA